AUGUUUAGAAAAGUAUACAAACUAGUGAAGACUACAAAUUUUUAUGCCAUAUCUGCUGUGUACCCUAAAUUCAACAACAAGGAUAAAACUUUAGUCUUCCAAUUUUCUAUCAAACAUGAGCAAAAUCUUGAUUGUGGUGGUGGAUACAUGAAAUUGCUUAGUGGUGAUGUGGAUCAAAAGAAAUUUGGUGGCGAUACCCCUUAUAAUAUCAUGUUUGGACCUGAUAUUUGUGGGUAUGCAACAAAGAAGGUUCAUGCAAUUCUCACAUACAAUGGAGAAAACAAAUUGAUCAAGAAAGAUGUUCCUUCAGAAACUGAUCAACUUUCACAUGUUUAUACCUUUAUUCUACGCCCUGAUGCUACUUACAGUAUCCUCAUUGACGAUGCAGAGAAACAAACAGGAAGCUUGUAUAAGGACUGGGAUCUUCUCCCACCAAAGUAG